GCCUGCGCCGGCCGGCUCCACAUCGGGCAGGGCGAGCAGAGGGACCGCGGGGAGAUGGAGGCGGCGGGCCGGGAAGAGCUGGACAUGGAAGUAAUGAAGCCUUUAAUUGAAGAACAGAAUUCGGACAGCAUCUCUGAUGAAGAGCAUGAAAAUGAAUUGUUGCCAGUUGAGAAGCAUUACCAACUUGAUAAUCAAGAGGGCAUUACAUUUGUACAAACACUUACACAUCUCCUCAAAGGAAACAUUGGAACUGGCCUUCUAGGACUUCCACUUGCAAUAAAAAAUGCAGGCGUUGCGAUUGGACCCAUCAGCCUUGUAUUUAUAGGAGUUGUAUCUGUUCAUUGUAUGCACAUCUUGGUACAUUGCAGCCACUGUCUGUGUCAGAGGUUGAAAAAGACCUCACUAGGGUAUAGUGACACAGUUAGCUUUGCCAUGGAAAUAGGGCCCCUGAACAUCCUUCAGAAACGAGCUUCUUGGGGAAGGCAUAUUGUUGACUUUUUUCUUGUGAUAACACAACUGGGAUUUUGCAGUGUAUAUAUAGUGUUCUUGGCAGAAAAUGUGAAACAAGUCCACGAGGGAUUUUUGGAGAAUAGGACAAGUUCCAUGAAUGACACGGUUACUAGAAGUCUCUCUGAGAAAAGGUGUAUUGAUUUACGAAUAUACAUGCUGUGUUUUCUCCCAUUUAUUAUCCUUCUGGUCUUCAUUCGUGAUCUGAAGAGCCUAUCUAUACUUUCAUUCCUUGCCAACAUUUGCAUGGCUGUCAGCCUGGUAAUUAUUUACCAGUAUAUUGUUCGAGAUAUAUCAGAUCCUCGAAAACUUCCUCCUGUGGUUGGUUGGAAGAAAUAUCCUCUUUUCUUUGGCACUGCCAUAUUUGCUUUUGAAGGAAUUGGUGUGGUUCUUCCACUGGAAAAUAGAAUGAAAGAAACCACACGUUUCCCACAAGCACUGAAUAUUGGCAUGGGAAUUGUUAUGACCUUGUAUAUCUCACUAGCCACUCUAGGAUACCUACGCUUUGGGGAUGAAAUCAAAGGCAGCAUAACCUUAAAUCUGCCACAAGAUGUAUGGUUGUAUCAAUCAGUAAAAAUUCUGUACUCCUUCGGGAUUUUUGUGACGUACUCAAUUCAGUACUACGUUCCAGCAGAGAUCAUCAUUCCAGCCAUCACUUCAAAAGUGCAGCAUAAAUGGAAGCUUUUCUGUGAACUAGUGGUGAGGAUUCUCUUAGUCUGCUCAACCUGUGCAGUAGCUAUCUUGAUCCCACGCUUGGACCUGGUGAUAUCUUUUGUUGGAGCUGUAAGCAGCAGCACGUUGGCGUUGAUUCUGCCACCUUUGGUUGAAAUCCUCACAUUUUACAAGGAAAACUUAAGUUCCUGGAUAAUAUGUAAAGACAUCUUUAUAGCCAUAAUUGGAAUUGUUGGAUUUUUAACAGGGACAUAUGUGACAGUUGAAGAGAUCAUUUAUCCUGCUUCUACAGCCUUAGUUAACACCACAGAGAGUCCCUUUGACGGUUUGAACACUACAGGUUUGACAGGUAGUCUCAACUAGUAGUCAGACAGCCAAGAACCAUUUUGUUCCCAAUUAUGGGUUCUGACUGGGAGCAAAAGAUCAUGGAAGAGCCUGAAGACCUACACGUGGAACACAUUGAAAUAGAUUGAAAAUUAGUUUUGGAACAAUAACACACAUUUCUUACUGUUCCUUCUUUGCCCAUUUCAUCACUCCUUCAGACCUGAUCUUUGGAUUAAUGCCCUAUCUGUCUAGCCUUCUCUGCUGCAUGUAUUAAAUAAUAGGGCUGGUUAUGGGGCAGAGUCGUUUUGGUUUUUUUUAAUUUAUAUAUUGUAAGGGAAACCAAAACGUAAUCAGAAAAGCAAAAAGUCCUUCUGACUCGGAGAGAGUGAAAUUGCUGCACAGGUGGGUUUCACAGCACUUGCCUCUCACAAAAGCUCUGUUUUAAGGGCUGGAAUAGGAGUUAAUUGAUAUAUAGACUUUCUUUCAGUCCUCUAUGAAGGGACAGAUUGCAGCCCAGUGAACUCUAGGUACCAUGUGUAUAGGAAGGGGAUAGGUUUUACUGUUAUUAAUGAUUCCAGGGACCUGAUUUUUCUUUUUUUUUUUUUUACCUCUGAAAUCUGGAAGAGUAUUUGCUUAAAUUGUUCUUAAGUAAUUGUAGGGGAUUAGUGCUGGUCACAGUGAAUUUGUACAUCUUGAAGCAAGGUGUUUUUGCAAAAUUACUGCAACUGUUCCUAUACUCUUUUCUUACUGGCUUCAGUGUGAGUUCUGCAACCAAGAAAGUUGCAGGAUCAGGCUUAGUAUGGUAGUUGAAUACCACCAGUGUUGUGAAGUCAUGUGCCAUUAGGCACAAGGCCGUUUUUUUCAUACACGGUAAAUCAGUAGCAAAUGUUGUAGGUGAAGCAUGUAGAAAAUAACAAAUGGCUUUAGGCAAAUCCUUCUCCAGUCCACUGGGCCUCAUGUCUUAGAAUCUGGCUUUUCCAGCUGCUCAGGUGUGGGUACGACCAGGCUCCACUGAAGAGCCCUGUUGCCCUCACAAGGGCUCCAGGCUGACACAGGAGUCCAACUAUAUCAAGCAGCUUUCAGGAUUUAGCGGAAAAAACACACUCGUUUUAAGUACAUAUAUCCUCCUUAGAAUUGGAAGGUAGUGUUAGAGAGUGCUGUUGCAUAUCAAACAAUGUUACUGUCUUCAGUGAUUCAGAAGUAGCAGAUACAAGAUAGCAAAUGAUGUAAGUAGUUUAUUUUUCUACAUUUUGGUAACUGCUGUCCUAACCAUUGAACCAUUUUUACAUCAUUAAUCUAUCCUUAAUUACACUGUACAAAUAUAUAAAAUGCUGUAUUUUUCUACCUGUUACUAAAAGUUCACAGAUUGGCUAACUAUAUUUGUAUUGUGGCGCCAUGUAAUUAAUUGCAUAACAAUUAUUUUUGCAUUGUUCUGCCUUAAGUAGAAUUUAACAUACACAUUACUGAAUUUUGCUGCUUUCUAUCCAUUUUUGAGUGAAAAAAAAACAGUGAACUAGUAACUGUGUGUGAAAAUCAGGGUUCCGCAAGAGGCCAAUGAACCAUUUAAGUUUCCAAAAUGGAAAGCUAUGUUGGAGUAGUUCUGCUAUGUAUUGUUGUGGCCCCUACAUCCAACACUUUGAUGAAUUCCACUCCGAAAAUCAAAGCCAAAGUCUUUGUUAAAAAGACUUAGAUUAUUUUUAAAAAUAGAGUUUAUUGUGAUGGAUCCUAUUAUACAGAGACUUCUUUUCUAAAAUAUAUAUUUAAGUGUAUACUGUCUUUAAGAAAUAUAUUGUGCCAAAAAUCCUCCCUUUAUGCCCCUACACAUAUUCUCUUUUUUAGAAUACUUCCCAGCUAUCUACCAUAUGGUGUUUGCAUUAUACUGCUUUCAUCUCCAUAUUUACAUGUUUCCAAUAAGGCAGAAAGCAAGAACUUCAUGUUAUUCUUCAGUUGUUCUUAGUAAUGCUCUCCAUUUCAUUUCAACACAAGCAAAAUUAAAUACUUGGCAGGCACUUUAAAGGAGUAAGUCUCCAUAGACAUAACACUAGGUUACUAACUUGCCCAGCACUUUUAAUAUUAAAGUGCUGCUAAGAUAUAUACAAAUCUAAUCAUUGGCGAAGGACAAGGUAACUUCAGUUUUGCCGUGUAAAGUCUUUCAGACUUCUUUAAGUUGUUUCUAAAGACUAUAUUGAAGCUAAUUUUUCUGUGUAUGUCUGGAAAAAAAACCCCUUGUUUACAAAAGAGGUACAUUAGCUGGUGAGAGGAUUUUUUUUCUGUGAAACUUAUUUUAAUUGCUCUGGAAUAUUUUCUAUAUAGAAGUUUUUAAACCAAACUGGUAAAUAAAAUAUAGAUUUCUGUCUCUCUUCUGAGUUUUUGUACCUCUUUUCGGUUUGUGUGGGUUUGGAGGAUAAAUAAUUGCCAAAUCAAUCCAUAUUAUCUGUUCUCAGUUGACUGCAUCAUGGCAAAGGCCUCUUAAAUGAUUCUUCCACCAACAUGCUGAAGGAUUUGAACUAGAAACACUUAGCUAAUUCAGAGCUUAGUGCUAAUCUUUGGCCAUGGGCAUUAGGGCUGUGCAAAAUUUCAGUAGCCAAUUUGAUUCGGAGGAGAUUCAGCCCGAUUCAGCAGCUGAAUCUCUGAAUCCAACUUGAGUUAGGAAACCCAUUAAUCUCUCCAAAUCAAAUCAGAAGCCUCCAAAUCGAUUCAGAGAGAUUCGGAGAUUCGGUCAUAGACUAUACAGGCAGUCACUAGGCAGUGACAGCAGGAGCAGCCGGACAAGCCCCAGCUUGAGUCGGCAGCCCUGGGAGAAGCUGCAGCUUGUCCGGCCGCCCCCCUACCGGGUCAAGGCAGGCAGUGUUGGCAGCCCCGGGAAAAGCCACAGGGGCUGAAGGGAAUGAUCAGGGAGCUAGGGAAUCAAACCAGGAACUGGGGAAUUCAACUGGGAGCUGGGGGAAUGAACAGAGGCUUCCCCCCCAGCUCCCAGUUUGAUUCCCAAGUUCCUGGUUCGAUCCCUCAGCUUCCCAGUCAUUCCCCGCAGCCCCUGUGGCUUCUCUCAGGGCUGCCAGCACUGCUUGCCUCGCCCUGGCAGGGGGGCAGCUGGAUGAGCCGUGGCUUCUCCAGGGGUUUUUGGCUCAAGCCGGGGCUCAUUCGGCUGCUCCCCCAGCUGCUCCUGCUGGCACUACCUGCCUGUAUAGGCCAUGGCCGAAUAAGAUCCGGCACCAAAUAUCUUCAGAUUCGGCUGAAUUGAAUUGGGACUGUGAUUCGGAUCACCAAAUUGAAUCACUAUCCCUCCAAAUCUGAAGCGAAUGCUUCGUGCUUCACACAGGUCUAGUGGGCAUGGCAUUAUUAAAUAAGACAAAAGAUUUCCGAAGCUGGGUGCCUUAGCUGUCUAAUAAAUUAUUCAUUUUUAGAAGUGAUCCUAGCCGUCUUUCCAAUGAUCUGUAAGGUCCCUUCCAGCCCCUAACAACUAUGAAAGUACUGAGUAUUCAACAUCAAUGGCUCAAGUGAAUUCAGCUCAGUCUUUUUGAACACUAAGCAGCACGUUUAGGAACCUACUUACAGACUUCAAAAUCUAGCUUUUGGCUCCCAACUUUAAAAAUCUUGAGCCAAGUGUAAAACUAAACAGAUCCCAACCACAGUGUAUCUCAUCUUCCCAGCAAUAUUUUUUCAAACUUAUUGCCACUUGACCCACCGUGUGUGAAGGAGUCUGUCUGUUUCCUAGGUUGGUAGUGCUGUAUGUAAUGGGUGUCUCAACUAAGUGUCUUGAAAAUGUUUAUCAACGCAUUUACAUUGUACUAUUUUAUAUAUUUUACUUCUCCUACAGUGUAGGAUAUUUAUUUUAACAGACAUGAAUUAAUGUGUUGUCCUGCUCAGUCACAAACACAGAAUAUCUAUGUUAUUAAUAUAUUUCAUUUGAGAGGGGACUACAUUGUCAUAAAUUAAACUACUGGGAGAUCAUCACAUCUCAACACAUGAGAAUGUCUUGAAAAGACAUGAGCAAAGAUUUAGAACGAUACAAACUGUGACAAACAUCUCUAUUGAAAGUUAAGAAUUUACAUUCUGCUUUUAAAGUACUGUAAUGAGCAUAGCCAGUUGAGAUGCAGGUUGUCAAACAUCAGAAUUAGUGGAUAUAAUUUGCAUGAAUAUGCACUUAAGAUGGAAAAUAUAGUUUAUGACCAACUAAAUUAAACUGAAGAACUUGACCCAUUGGAAUUAUUUUUUGAUAAUGAGGAACAGAGAAUGGUUGUAUUGCAUUGAUGUACUAUAUGUGCACUUAUAUUUUACAGGAUUGCAUUGUUAACGGUUUUAAUGUAAUGUAGUCAUUGGUUGCCCUGCGAGUAACUGGACCAUUUUCUUGCCUGUGCCCUGGGACUCAGACACUGGGCAAGGGACGACUGUGUCUAGUGUUGUGUAACUUAAUGUUUCUGUUUCAAUAAAGAUAACAAUAACAUUA